AUGGCUGCCAAGGUUCCGCGGAACUUCCGGCUCCUCGAGGAGCUGGAGAAGGGUGAAAAGGGAUUGGGCGCAGAGGCUUGCUCCUAUGGUCUUGCCGAUGGCGAGGAUUUGAUGAUGAGCAACUGGAACGGAACAAUUCUCGGUCCCCCUCACAGCGUCCACGAGAACCGGAUAUACAGUGUCAACAUCCAUUGCGGACCCGACUACCCCGAUAACCCCCCAACCAUUCAGUUCAUUUCCGCUGUCAACAUUCCUUGUGUCGACCAGCGAUCCGGAAAGGUUGACCCAACUAAGCUUCCUUGCCUCGCUCAAUGGAAGCGCGAUUUCACAAUGGAGACUGUCCUGAUUGAGUUGCGGAGAUACAUGGCUUUGCCCCAGCACAAGAAGCUCCCUCAGCCUCCGGAAGGCUCGACUUUCUAA